AUGCCUCAAUCCUCGUUUGAUAGGAUUGCUAAUCUCAUUAAUGAAGCAUCUUUAACACUUUCAACUAGUGUUAAAGUAACUAAUUUGCUUCAAGUGAAAGAAUUGCUGAUACAUCGCGAAAGCUCAUUGUUGGACAGCUUUUUUGAAGAGGUUGUUAAAUUUCAACAUGAUCCCAAUUCGGAAGUUAAAAAAGCUGUUAUUGGCUUCAUCGAAGAAGCUUGUCGUGUUGAUACAGGUCUGCUAAAAAGAGCAGUAGGCUCAUUAUUCUAUAUCUUUUCUACAGCAAUACAACAAGAACCACCAUCUAUCAGUUUAUUAAAGCGUCUUAUGUCAUCAAUGAUCCCGAUCUAUCGUACUGCAUUAUCAUGUGCUGUUAAAAUUGGUAUCAUUGAUUCUGGUGUAGCAAUUGGCAGUGGAAUUGGAAUCACUGCCAAUUCAACAGCUGAUAUCGCCUUGGAAACAUUUCGUAGUUUAGCUGGACUUAAAGAUGAACUUGUCCGAUUAAUGUUACCAAUGGAAGUAUCAGGAACAUCAAUUUUUGGUCAAUAUCAUUCUUCAGUCGUGCAUAAUGAUGUUAUACGAAUUCAAGCAAUUAGACUAAUUGAAAGUGUAAUUAUUUUACACUCUCGUCGACUACCCAACUCUGAAAUCCCACGUGCCAAUGAAGGUGACAUAUCCUUAGAUCAGAUACCAGCGCUUACAAAUACCCAAUUACAGUCUAUCUUAGAGGCGAGUACAGCCGCAUCAUCAGCUACUCUUCUUCCCGGUGUCUGUUUAGUUAGACCUCAUCGAUUAGCAGAGGAAGCUGAACGUUUAUUUGCAGGUUUAUCAAGUUGGCCGGUGCGUGGAAAGCCUAGUGUUACUGCAGGAUCAGUUACUUGCCCAGUAGUUGAAGCAGUAAUGGAUUCAUUAGUGAAUAUUGCAAAACAAAGACCACAAUUUAUGGAUCGUGUUGUACAAGCAUUUGAAACAGUUCAUGUAACUUUACCGCCUCAUUUCUCGGAUAAGCAAGUUAGUUCUGUAAGAAAAAAGUUAAAAAAUGGUCUACUACAAUUACUAAGACAUCCAGCAGCUGUAUCUGAUUUCCAAGGGCGAAUCACUAUAUUGCUGACUGAUCUUGGUGCUACUGAAGCAGAAGUAAGUGCAGGUUUAACGAUUUCUUGUGAGUAUAUAAUUCAAGUAUGUUUCAUUCCCUUACAUUUCGAGUAG